AUGGCUUUUUCUUAUUCUUCUUCCCUUUCAAUCCCGUCUACAAUGGCACAAGAAUCAAAUUCGGCCGAUCAUUCGGUCAGUCCUCUUGAGGAUGCUUCCUCUCCUUUCUUCCUUCAUCACUUUGAGAACCACAACUCUAUUGUUAUAACGCCUGAGUUGGUGCCAAACAAUUUUCCAUCCUGGCGAAGAUCUUUCCAACUCACUGUUCCCAUAAGAAACAAGCAAGGAUAUCUAGAUAGUACUGUUCCUAAACCUUCACCAGUUGAUCCUCUGUACUUGAGAUCGACAAGAUGCAACAAUCUGAUUGUUGCGUGGCUUCUUCGAUCAAUUUCCCCCUCAAUAGCCUCAACUAAUUUUUAUCUGGAGGAUGCAAAACAAAUUUGGGACAAGUUGCAUAGAAGGUUUUCAAAGCCAGAUGACUCACAAAUUUGUCACCUGUAA